AAAGUUGACGUGUCGGAAUAAUCAGAGGCCAGGAUUAUAUCGUGUCUGGUGUCGGCAGUAUUCUGCUCAUCAUCUAUACUUAGUGUCCUGGAGUCGUUAGCUACGAUGCGGGCGGGGCGCGUACAAGCAACCCUUGCGGUCCUCUUGGUCUCUGCUUCACAAGCUGCAGGAUCUGCUUUGACCGCAAUCCUGGCUUCCAGCGAAAGAUCGUGCUACUACGCCGAUGUAGACAAGGUCGGCGAAAAGAUUGGAUUCUACUUUGCAGUCCAAUCUGGAGGUUCAUUCGAGAUAGACUAUGUCGUAAUGGAUCCAGAUGACAAGGUUCUCUUGGAUGGUGAAAAGGAGGCACAAGGUGACUACAUUUUGACCGCAAACAAGAUUGGCGAAUACUCUUUCUGCUUCGAGAACGACGCGUCCAUGUCUGACAAGCUGUUGGACUUCGACAUCAUGGUGGAGUCGGAGCCGAGGAGAGUUCUUUCUGGGCAACAACAGCCGCUCAAGGAGCAUACAUCGACACUUGAGGAAAGCAGUUACAAGAUCAACGGCCUGCUGAGCAGCAUUGCACGAACCCAGAAAUACUUCCACACACGGCAUCAUCGCAACUAUUCUACUGUACUGUCCACGCAGAGUCGAAUCUUCUGGUUUACGGUGCUUGAGUGCUCAGUCAUCGUGGGUAUGGCCCUGCUUCAAGUAUGGAUAUUAAAGACUUUCUUUGCGAAAGGCACAAAACGAUUCAAGGUAUAGGCUCUUAACGUUUCUCAUCUCAUCAACAUGCAUUGAUCAUUGUCGCUUCUCGCGCUCUAAGCGCGUUGCCUCGUGGAUAGUGACCGCUUCGUCCACCCAAGGCAUGUGGAAUAGGUCGCUCCGACGCAAAUCCUCUUCCCUCACGCUGCCACCAUUGGGGCCGUGCCCAACUUGAUACCCUAGCAUUUGAUCUAAGUCCCUCGCUUGUGCAGCCAGCCAGCUCUGGAUGAAACCAUGCGGAUCGGUGCUAACAGUCAAUCGCGCCCAGACCGUAUCACCUACGAAAAUG